GAUCCGAUCCCAACCGGACUGCACCAGUAAGAUUGCUACCCUAGGACCGAGUAGGUUUGUAGAACGCUGGUUCACAAACACGCACACAGGGUGAUAGAGAGGAGGAAGAAGAAGAUGAUGGGAAUUUGGGAAGAAAUUGACCGUUCGGAAAGCUGUCUUGUUUGCUGUAUGUUUGAGGAAGCGGCGUCGUUGGCUUCUUCAAUUAUCAGGCGUUUAUAUGAAAAUAAAUGCAUGGAGGGUUCAGAAAAGAAUGAGUUGAGUGAGAUGUUGGAAUCGGCUGGUAUGGUGUUGGUUCAGUCCUUUAAGGAACUUGGAAGAACUGUAGAAAUAUUGAAAGAGCUCAAACUGCUGUUUGGUUUUGCCUCUGCCAUUCCUGUUCAAGUUUUCUUGACUGGGGUUUGUUUUCAGAUAACAGAAGGUCCUGCUUCCGGGGUGCGAGAAUUUCUUGAGGAGUUUCUUAGCAGUUGGAGAUAUGUGGAUCAAAGACACUAUGUCCUUGCAAGUGCAGAAGCGAAGGUGGCCUAUGUGGAAGGAUGUGAUGGUCAGCUUGUGCUAGAAGUUGAUGAGUACAUGAAAGUUGUUGAGGUCUAUGUCGUAACACUUCUUGUGAAGAUUAUAAAUGACUUGGACUUUGCUAUCUCUUGGGUUGAGGAAUCUGCAAUACCUGAGGAAAAGCGACAGGAACUCUUGAGGCGACUACACUCCAUUUAUGCCAACAAUAGGUUCCAAGCCUCUGUGUCGCCUAUGUUGGCAGAUGAAUGUGAAAAUCCUUCUGCUUCGCUGAAAGAACUCAAUAUAUAUGAGGGAUCUCAAAAAGCCUUGGAAACCCGAGAUCCAUCUGAUGUACAGAGUGAUGCGAAACAAGCACUUCUGAAAUUAUCUAGACAUAAUAUUCCACGCUGCUGGUGGUUCCGUACCAUCACUCUAAAGUUCGGCAAUGGUCGGUGGGUCAUAUCCAAUGGAAAUAUGUUGCUCGGCUGUUUGAUUUUUCUAAUGUAUUAUCUUAUGCGGAGGAAGCAAGCCAGUUUAAAGAGGACUCUUAGGAAACAAGCAUCGUCCAUAAAGAAGGCUUUGGGGGAUUUGUGGCAACUUGCAUUCUCUUAUCAAGUGAACCCUCUAGCUGCUGUUCAACCCCUCCCUCCUGCUAUGCCCAGAAGCCGGUGAUGGUGCAUUCUGUCCUCAAUUAUUAUUAGUUAAGCUGGUAGACGAUAUCUAGCUACUCGAUAUCUCCAUUGAAGUUAUUCUAGCUGCAAGAUUUGGGUCCUUCAUUUCCUCUCAAAUGGGAAAACAAUAUUGUCACAGGUGUGAGCAUUAAUUCCAUCAUUGUCAAUGCAUACCAUUGUAAUUGUCAAUGGAUACCAGUGAAACGUGAUUGAACGUUGUCUAGCUAAUUUAAUUGCACCAUCUUCCAGUUAUUUGUCUCUUUGAUCUUAUGAUAGAAACUAUUGCAUGCCCAUAAUCAUGGCCUUAUGCUGGGUGACUAUUGAUCAAUUGGGGUUACCGGGUUAGCCCAGUUGACCAACUGACUCUCAUGCGAAUAGGUUGGAGCCACCUGACUUGUUUCAAUCCUAUGUGGAUCUUUCUAUUGCUCCCCUCUAUGUGGGUCUUUCUCUUGUGUCUUUUUGGUUAUUGCUUUUGUUUCCAAUGUAGUCACAUUGUAAUUAGAUCUACCUCUAGUAUAGAUAUGUUGUAACAAUUGUAACCGUGAUACAUUUUUGUAUAUAUAUACU